AUGCAAAUUUUUGUCAAGACUUUAACCGGUAAGACUAUUACCUUGGAAGUCGAAUCUUCUGACACCAUCGACAAUGUCAAGGCUAAGAUCCAAGACAAGGAGGGUAUCCCACCUGAUCAGCAAAGAUUGAUCUUUGCUGGUAAGCAAUUGGAAGAUGGCAGAACUUUGUCUGACUACAACAUCCAAAAGGAAUCCACUCUUCACUUGGUGUUGAGAUUGAGAGGUGGUGGUAAGAAGAGAAAGAAGAAGGUCUACACUACCCCAAAGAAGAUCAAGCACAAGCACAAGAAGGUUAAGUUGGCUAUCUUGAACUAUUUCAAGAUUGACAGCGAUGGCAAGGUCACUAAGUUGAGAAACGAGUGUCCAAAUGACACCUGUGGUGUUGGUAUCUUCUUGGCUGACCACAAGAACCGUCGUUACUGUGGUAAGUGUCAUUCUUCCUACCAAAAGUAA